AUGGCAUUGCUUACUUCAUGGCUUUCUAUUGUAGCCCAGGCGUUGAUUGUACUUAUUAGCAUUGCUAUAUAUCGUCGGUACCUGUCUCCUCUAUCUGAUAUUCCUGGACCUUUCUGGGGUUUGAUCACUCGUCUCUGGCAGGUCGUUCAUAUUUUCAAGGGCGACCAGAACCUGCUUUCUAUUGCGCUGCACGACAGAUAUGGCAAUUUUGUUCGCAUCGCACCCAAUGAAGUCAGCGUGAGCCAUCCAGAUGGGCCAAAGCUGUUACUCCUGACACCCCAGCGAAAGGCUGACUGGUACCGGGUUUUUACAGUGCCAGACUAUCGCUACGAGACCCCUCUGAGUACUAUUGAUCCUAAAGAAAAGGUCGAAAGGUCGAAAGGUCGAAAUGGCUCGCUCCUGGAUUUUCGUUAUCUCACAUCCUCAAGUCAGAGGAGUACGAUGAAUAAGAACAUCGGCUUCCUACUUGAAUGGAUGGAUAAGUUCGCCCAAUCUGGCGAGCCGAUGCACCUUGACAAGUUUCUGACUUACACGGCCUUUGGUAAUGCCGGCGAAGUCAUCUUCAGUCAGCCUUUCCGCUUCAUCAAGGAGGGCAAAGACAUACGAGGCUCCAUCGCAAAUAACUUGGCUCUCAAUCCCUGCGUGGCAGCAGCCGGCUUUUUCAUAUGGGUGUAUAUAUUGCUAGUGGCUAACCCAAUCAUCACUUGGACUGGGCUGUUGCCAAUGGGCCAUCUAUUUGAGACUGCUGAGACCGCGAUGAAGAAGCGUAAGGCAAACCCCGAUGCCCGUUUUGAUAUAGCCGCACACUGGUUCAAAACGCAGAAGGAAAAUCCAGGACGCUUGAGUGACCGUGACAUCGAAGCCGAAGCCACAGUUGCUGUUGGUGCAGGCUCGGACACUGUGUCGUGCGGUCUUCAGACUUUUGUAUAUCACAUGAUACAGAACCCGCAGUCGUGGCAGCGAGCCCGCGACGAAAUCGCUGCUGCGCAAGCCGAAGGCUAUUGCAAAGACCGCGUGAUUUCCGUCAACGAUGCGCAGAGGCUCCCAUAUCUGCAAGCCUGCAUCAAAGAAGCGCUUCGGAUGUUCGGGCCUACGCCAAUGGGGCUGCCCAGGGUAACUCCGAAGGGGGGUCUUACCAUCGGCGACCGGUACUUCGUCGAGGGGACUACGUUGUCCAUACAUCUGAACGUUAUGCAACGAUCGAAGGAAUGCUGGGGCCCAGACGCCCGACAAUGGAACCCGGAACGUUGGUUCGCCGACGAUGCGGCUUCAAAAGAGAAAUAUUGGCUUGUGUUCGGUAUGGGCUACAACUCGUGCCCUGGUCAACAUGUGGCCCGGGUGCAGUUGUCUAAGACCGCGGCGACCUUGGUGAGAGACUACGACAUCAAGCAGGUUGACCCAACGAACGAGUGGACGUGGAAGGCUUAUUUCACGGUUGUGCCUCACUCAUGGCCAGUCACGGACCGCAUUUACAUGGUCGUGGUCUUAUUACUCGGUGUAUGA